CUUGCUGACAUACGGGUAGCGACGCGGAGGCUUGUGUGGUUAGCAUGAGCUAGCUCUUUAAUCAGCGUCUUGAAGCGAAAGUCUUCGCCAUGUCUCACAUUUCUGUAAAUUAUGUGUUGUUAGGCGGACAGUUUUUCUUGCUCGUGUCGGUGCUGCUUUUGCAAUGCCUGGAAGGGACUGAAUCCGAAAACGCCACCACACCCGGAAGCAGAGAGACAACAGCAACCAGCACCAUUACAACGACAACAACAACAACAACAACAACAACAGCAGCAGCUACUACAAUCACAGCGCUGUUAACACAGCAACCUGAAGAAAAUAUAACAUAUAAUAACAUCACAACAGCAGAGCCGACAAACCACACGGAGCAUUAUGAAUACAGCCCUCCAUCACCGGUCGUCCUCUGCCGGUACCUUCCUGAGGAGUUUAUAUACUGCAAAGAACCUGUCAAUCACGACGGAAACCUCACAGCCUUCCUGGAUCUGGGACACGGCUGUGUAAAGAUUGGAAAUCAAGGUCAGGUGUACAAAGACGUGAAUCACACUCAGGUGCAGUGUGCAGCCCUGGAUGGCAUCGAGUGUGCCGGACCUCGGGAAUUCCUCAGAGGGAACGAACCAUGCAUCAAAUACACGGGCCACUACUUCAUCACCACGCUCUUGUACUCCUUCUUUCUGGGCUGCUUUGGAGUGGACCGCUUCUGCCUGGGCCACACGGGCACCGCCGUUGGAAAACUCCUGACUCUCGGAGGCCUGGGAAUCUGGUGGUUUGUGGAUCUCAUCCUGCUCAUAACCGGAGGACUGACGCCCAGCGAUGGCAGCAACUGGUGCACGUUCUACUGAUUGCUCACGUUUCCAUCCGCAAGCGUCAGCAGAUUUUUUUUUUACCGUGCUACUGUAUCGUCACUGACACAAAGCACUUGAUGUAAAUGCAGCCUAGUUUGUGAUUCUUUAAAAUGAAAAGUCUAACAUACGGCUUUGUUUUGUACAGUGUAAAGAUUGUAAGUAUUUUAUUUGUUGCUGUAAAUAAAAUGUCAUUCAAUGUGUACAAUACAGUGCAUAAGUAUUCACCCCCUUUAAGAAAGAGCUCUUUCUGCUCUGUAUUUUGACCUUUAGAAUAAAUUCAUACGUGUUUAAUCAAGACACAGUGCAACUGUUUCAUUUGUUUCAGUGCUUGGCCUUUCUGGAGAAAAUCAUUUAUUCCUUGUCCCAUGUAUAAGCGGCUGUCGCUGUGUUUGAUUUGCUUGAUAAAAUGUCAUUUGCAUAGGAAAGCUUACUGUCAUGAAAAUUUCGGUCAUAAAGGCGCUGUUUAUCGUAUUACAGAUCAACUAUAGCACCGGAGAUGCAAAAUAAAACAUCACUCACUCAAACCUUCUGAAGAAAACAUGCAACAAACAUAUAAAACAAUAUCAUUAGAUAUAAGACAAAUCUUUGAAGCUUGGCACUGAUCUCUGUUCCUGCUUUCAGUCAGUAAUUGAAUAAAUUAUGACUCUUUUGUUGAA